AUGGGUUCCUUCAACAACGGCAGCUACACCGGCUCUUCUUCCUUCGACAACCUCCUCAUCCAGAAUCUCAUGGGGAGGCUGCAGCUCCAGCCGCCGUAUCUCGGAACGAAUUCCCUGCUCUCCCAGAGCAUCGACGAGUUCCUGUUCCAGGACGACGCUCUCUCGGCGGAGGACUCCGAUGAGCCCCUGUACGACGGCGGCGAGGGGAAAGGCCUCCUCGCCAGGGAAGAGGCCAAGCUGGAGAGAGAGAUUAUACGGAUCGUCCGCUCCGGCGCCGCGCAGGAGAUCCUCAAGCCCAACUCCGGCCAAUCGGUCGCCGUCGGGAGCCACAACAUCUGCGUCGGCUACCACCAAGAAUCCGGAUCGGAAUACCGAGUGUGGGAGUGGCAUGGCCAUAUCAUGCUCUUCGACGAGGAGAAUGGUUACGUCCCGGAAUACAUCUAUGGGAAUUACUUCGAGAGGAUUCCGGUUUCUAGGGUACCAAAGGAGGUCGAUCAUGGCGGCAGCAAUGGGGGGGAGGAUGACGAGACGACCAAGGGGAGCGAAAUCUCCGGGUUGAGGGAACUGGUGGGCGACGACAAGGAUCCAAUCAACGGAGGCGGGAGGGUUCUCCACAGGAACUCUGUGAAUUCCAGAUCGGCGAAGUAG